AUGCUGGGGAUGAUACCUGGACUCCGAUAUCUUUCACUAUCCGUUAACCCACUUGGUGGGUCAAUCCCAGCCUCACUCGGGCAGCUUCAGUUGCUGGAGAAGCUCGGCAUCGGAAAUGCUAGCUUGGUUUCUACUCUUCCGCCCCAGCUGGGGAACCUUACCAGUCUCAAGAUCAUGGUACUGAACGAGAAUCAUUUAUUCGGAACUUUGCCACCAUCGUUGGCCAGGAUGCAGGAAUUGCAAGAUUUUGUAAUAGAGGAGAACAGUAUCAGUGGUACCAUUCCACAAGAGAUGUUUACAAACUGGACCAAGCUCAAGUACUUUGAUGUAAAUCACAACUUGUUAGCUGGAAGCAUCCCUUCUCAGAUCAGCGAGUGGAAGGAGCUAUUGUGUCUCCUCCUUUCCCACAACAACUUUACUGGCUCGAUAACGGUGGAGGUUGGAAGCAUGCCAAAUUUGCAAGCAUUGGACUUGUCAAAUAACUACCUUACUGGAAUUAUGCCAUCAAAUAUCAGUAAUGCAUCAUCUUUGAAACUCCUUCGCGCCAGCUUCAACCAUCUUGAGGGUGAGAUUCCUGCGACCAUCUCCUCACUGGUAAACCUUGUUGCUCUCUUCUUAUCUGACAACAAGUUUACGGGUAUCGGUCCUAAUCUUGACAGCAAGCAGUUGCCAGUUGUCAAAGUGGCCAAGAAUAGCGGGUUCUUGGGAAAACCAUUGUAUGUCUUUUGUCAACUAACACUUCUGCGAAUCUUGGAUCUAUCAAACAAUCAGUUGUUUGGUGAGCUUCCUGGUUGCUUGUGGAAUUUGAGAGAUCUACAAUUCUUGGAUUUGUCGAGCAAUGCUUUUGCUGGGGUAGUUCCAACCUCAGCUAACUACAAUUCGUCGCUAAGUUUGUUGCACUUGUCCAACAACAAGUUCACAGGUUGCUUUCCAGCAGUGUUGAAGAACUUCAAAAGCCUUGUGAUUUUGGAUCUUGGGAACAAUAAAAUGUCUGGUGCACUUCCUCCGUGGAUAGGGGAAAGCAAUCCUUUGCUGAGGAUUCUCAGACUGCGAUCAAACAUGUUCCAUGGAAGUAUUCCCAGGCAGCUACUAAAACUCUCUCAUCUCCAACGUCUUGAUCUCGCUGAAAAUACUUUUGUAGGUUCUAUAACAGAAAAUUUUAUAAACUUCUCCUCGAUGAGUCAGGCAUCCAUGAUGCAGCCGGUUCCAACAACUUACAUAGAAUUGAGACCCUUCCGAUUUUCUGAUGAUGGCAGCAUAGGUAUACUUUGGAAGAGACAGGAAUACACCUUUGACGAAAGAUAUCUAUUUGUGACUGGCAUUGAUCUCUCCGGCAAUUCUCUCUCCGGUGAAAUGCCUUCAGAGUUGACAAAUCUUAGAGGGGUCCAGUUACUAAAUAUGUCAAGAAAUAAUCUAUCUGGUGGUAUCCCGAAGGACAUUGGCAAUCUCAAACUGUUAGAAUCCCUUGACCUCUCGUGGAAUAAACUGUCUGGUCCUAUUCCUCCUAGCAUGUCAAACUUGAAGUUCCUGAGCUCUCUUAACCUCUCAAACAACCGUCUAUCAGGUGAGAUACCCACAGGAAGUCAACUCCAGACACUCGAGGACCCAUCGAUCUAUAGCAAUAACCUCGGACUCUGUGGUCCCCCAUUGAGCAUUCCAUGUACAAACAAUUCAGAUACUACGACACCGGUGGAUGGGGCAAAGGAACAUCACGAUGAACUUGAAAGGGUGUGGAUGUACUACUCCAUGAUUGCUGGAACUGUCUUCGGUUUGGAGCAUUGUUUUUCUGCAAGAUCUGGAGGCUUGCUUUCUUCAGCUACGUCGAUGCGCUGCACCAAAAUUUUAUACUGA